AUGGCCGCGCGCGGGGCGGGGCCGGCAGCACUUCCGCUUCCGGCGCGCGGGGCGCUGGCAGCCGCUCUAGGCGGCGCGGGAGGACCUGCGGCCGUCUCGCUGCCCGGCGCCCGGGAGGCGCGCGAGGGCGGGCGGGGUGAGCGCGUCCGGGCAGGCUGUCCCCGCGGAGGCGGCCGCUGUUCCUCCCGGCUUUCCCGCCCGGCCCGGCGCAUGAAUCGGGCAUUAUGCACCGGUGGCCGCGGCCCUGGGCCUUGUGUUCCGCUCCCACGCUCCCCUCCCUGGCCCCGGGGCGGCACGGCACUGAGGCCCCGCAGUCGAGGAGGCGGACGCGGGGGCACCCGAGGGGCUGGGCGCUGGCCUCCUUCGCCGGCCGACCAGACCGCACUGGUGGUCGAGGCCUGGCGGCCAGGGCGGCCCCGCGCCCCCCGAGGGCGCCCCAGGCCCGGUCUGAGCUCACUGGCCUCGGGCCCUCGGGCGGGGCCUGGCGCAGCGUCAUCCAGGCGAGUCAGCCCGUGGGAAUCCGGCUCCGCUUCCGCCCUCCCGGCCCUGGGGAAACCCGGGGUGCGCCGGGCCCCAGGCCCGUCGGCUCCAGCCUCCUCCCGAGCGCUGUCAGUGCGCCCGCGGGCCGAGCUGCUUGUAGCGGGGGGAGGACAUGUAAGGGGCAUGGGGCGGCCACGGGUGUUCCUUGCACCGGCCAGACACCGUCUUCUGGCUCAGGGGCACCGACUUACCAGGCCAGAGCUUUGCAGGCGUCCCAGGGCGUCACCCGACGCUGAGCCCCCGCCCCAGCCUGCUGCCGUCAAGCACCGAGACAGGUGUGGCCGCCGGGAACCACCAAGACCUCAUUGCUGUCCCCACCGCAGUCCCACAGCUGCUUCCCUCUGGCCAGCCCUCGGCAUCCAGCCGGUGGCCUCGAGGCAGGGCUGGGCGGGGGCAGCUGGGCUGGCAGUGUCCUCCCAGCUGGGGACCUGUUUGGACCCCGAUGCUGAGGCCCCUCGGGAGCGGGGGAGGCCAGGGGAGCCCCUGGGCAGACACAAGGAGCCACAGGUAGAUCCCCGUGAUGGGCACGGCCAAGCAGCAGUUGUUCAUUCCUCCACCUCCAGGCAGGGUCCGGGGCCCAGACCUCGCCACAGGGCAGGCCACCCUGGGAAGGCACCGGCAUCCCUGCCCCCGGAGGCCCCCGCCCUGCCUGGCUGGUAUAAAUGGGAGGCUGCCCGGCCGGCCCAGGGCCACAGCCUGUUUGUCAUCGCUGGAGCUGCAGCCACAGCCGCCACCCCUGACAGGCAAAUGGAGGCACCAGCCCGCGGAGGCCCCAGCCUUGAGGCUGGACCCGGGGCCCAAGCGGCCGGUGCAGGACUGGGAACCCAGCAGCCCCCCGCGUCCCGGCCACCGCCCCAGGAGGGGCUGGUGGAGCUGCCCAGCUCCUUCUCCGAGCUGCUUGCCUUCUUCUGCUCCAACGCCACCAUCCACGGUGCCAUCCGCCUCGUCUGCUCCAGCCGCAACCGCCUCAAGACGGCAGUAUGGGGGCUGCUGUUCCUGGGGGCGCUGGGGGCCCUCUACUGCCAGUUCGCGCUGCUCUUUGCCGACUACUGGCACCGCCCAGUGCUCAUGACCGUGGCCGUGCGCUCUGAGCGCAAGCUCUUCCCGGCUGUCACACUGUGCGACCUGAACCCGCUGCGGCCGGGACCCCUCCGCCGCCAGCUGGAGGCGCUCGACGAGUUCGCCCAGGAGAACCUGCGCUCCCUGCACCGGCUGGACCUCGGCCAGCGCCGGCAGCCCCGCGCGGCCGCCCCCCCUCUGGACGAGGAGACCCUGCCGACCCCCUUCCCACACGGAAACAGCACGCUUGGGCCUCCCGGGAAGCUGCAGCCUGUGGACCCCUGGCCUGCACCCCGAUCCACCAGGGAUGUGGGGGUGCCCGGAGGGGCCCCACGGCUGUGGGCACCACAGGCAAAUUCUGGUGAGGAGAAGCUGGUGCUCUCAGCUCUUCACUCCAAAAGUGGUGAAUGA